CCUUUCGCCGUCUUCCUCUUUCCCUACAGCAGCAAUGUCUAAGAGAGGUACGAACCCUGUCUCAUCAAAUCCACUUUCAUCUACUGGUUUUUACACCCCAACAGAGCUUUUAAUGUUGCUGGUUUGUGACAGAAGGAUAAAUGCUACUCCAGUGUGUGAUUAGUUUUUUAUUUCACGCAGCGAUGGCUGGUUUUAAAGGAGAUUGUAGUUCGGCUGGCUAAGUUGGCUAAUGGAAGCCAUGUUUGGCUGACAGCACCGGGGAGGCACGAAGUGAAGCUAGAGAACCGAAAUGUGAAUUCGCAGAGCCGUGUAGAUGACGGAUAUGAAUAUUAUAUACUGUAAAUGCCACGAAGCUGAAGAAACUUUGUAUUUCCGCGGUUUAUAUUCUAGUUAGCAGCGUUUGUGUUAGCCGAUGCUAACGGCACAGCUAGGCAGAACCGGUGUUGAGGUCUCUCCACAUGGACACAGCUGCUUAAACAAAGUGUGUCAGAGGUUAAAGUCAAAUUCUGUGCAGAUAAAUGGCGUUUUUCACCAUUUUCACAGUAUUGUGCGCCUUCUGUGGUGUCUAAUAUGCCAGUAGGAGGCCCUGUUCAGGUAUUACAGACUCACCUGAUUUCUCAUCUGCUGUAGAAACUGAGGAGGUUUUCAGCUUCGAGGAGUGUCCUCGGCCUGAUCUUUAAAAAUCUAGUUUAUUGUCACGCUUGUUAUGGAGAUAAUGUGUUAUAUUUGACAUUGAAGCCCAGGCGUGUGAAUAAUGUGAGCUAUUAUAGUUAUCUGAGUGAUAUAAAGCUUUGUUGAAGACGUGCUACACUCUUGCACCAAACCAGGACGUGGUUUAGAAGAAUAGGUGUUAAAAGUAGUGUGUGUUUAACCUCCUUGUAAUGGGUAGAUGAAGCCUUGUGAAGACCCUGGGCUUGAUUUCAAAAGUUGUUCAAUCAGAAGUGAACAUCUUUGGUCGUUGAAUGAGUUGCCUACUUUGAUGUUUGAGAAAUCAUGAGGUUUUAAUAUGAGACUUUCUUCAUGGUCAAGCUGAUGGAAGAGUUUUUGAAGUGCUCAUGGCGUUUUUGAAGUGCUCAAGUUUUGGACAUUUCAUCUGUGACAGGUAGACAAACAUGCGUGUUUUCGUGCAGAGUGACAGUCUGAAACGCACCGGUUAGAAGACGGAGAGAGAGUGGUAGUUAUGCUGCGCAGAAGCUUCUUUUUAUACACUUUUUUUGUUGUUAAAUUCUGUAUAACCGUUGCUUCUUAGGGUCAGGCUGUCCCAUAUCACUUAGUAUCCUCAUUUCUGCAUACUGUAUCGUCAACGAAGACGUAUAACACCAGUGUAAGAUAGCAGAGAGUGAAAGCUUCACCACAGAUGUUGUUAAUUGAUGUUCUUAAACAUGAUUUUGUGCGUCUUUCUGAAGACAAAUGAAUAUUUUCCGUAUCACUAUCUGAUCGUUGUGUCUCUCCUUCCAGGACGUGGAGGUUCAUCUGGAGCCAAGUUCCGCAUCUCGCUGGGUCUCCCAGUGGGAGCGGUCAUCAACUGCGCUGAUAACACAGGUACGGCCCAGCUUACCUUCUGUCCCAUCAUGCAUUCUGAUUGAGGUUUGAGUGAUGAGUUUGUAUUUAAGUCUCUGAAUGGGCUGGCCCCGGAAUAUCUCUGACCUUGUUGGACUGUACCAGCCCUCCAGAGCCCUGAGGUCAGCUGAUCAGGUGGUUUUAGACGUUCCUCGAUCCUUUUUAAAAUCUUAGGGAGAUCGAGCGUUUUCUGUCGUGGCUCCCACUUGUUGGAACGCUUUACCCCUGACAGUGGGCACUGCUAACAGCCUUACACUUGUAAAACACUUCUGAAGACGCACCUGUUCACUUUAGCUUUUGGGGAGUAUGGCUACUUUUAUUGGGUAUUUUAUUGAUUUGCUUUGUUUACCUAUAUUGUUUUUUAUGUUUUUUUGUAUGUUUUAUACUUAAAGUUUUUUGUUUUUCUUGUCUCUGGCUAUUUCACUGUAAAGCACUUUGGUAGGCCACUGGCUGUUUUUAAAUGUGCUUUAUAAAUAAACUGACAUUAACAUUAAGUUAUGUAGGGCUUUCUGAUAGAAGAAGGUUCACGGUGGGGCUGAUGUUUCCAUCAUGCAGAGUUCACUCUUCAGGUGUUUUAGUUUUGAAAGCACAGGGAGGAGAGUCGUGGUCAGAGCUUGUAAAGAGUAAAUAAGGCGAUGUUCACACUGCAGGUCAAUUCAGAUUUUUUUGACCAUACGCAACACAUAUCUGAUUUUUUCAUGUAAGUGUAAAGAGUGCAAUUCUGAUUGUUUUCAAAUCUGACCCAGGCCUCUUUUUGUAUGUGGAUAAAAAUCGGAUAUGUAUCAGGUCGCGUUCAUCCGACCUAUACGUCAUCAGUGUGCAAUAAACGUUGCCAUUGUUCGACGACACAAACAGGCGCGGAAAGCAGUUUGUGCUCAUGUGGGUCACUUCACAGACACAUUCAUUGUUGUAAUGUGAACGACCGCACAAAAAGAUAGAAUUUAAUGAAAAAUCUAAAUUGUGCAUCAUAACCUGCGGUGUGAACGUAGCUGAAGUUAUCAGGGAGUUUGUUUUAAACUCUACAGAUGAAGCUGGUCAUUGGUGGAUGAUGAGGUUAAUGAAAGACACAGAAAAAGAUUUCAAUAACCUGUGACUGAAGUUUUGGCACCUCAGUGAGGUUGGUCUCCAUGCUCCCACCCCCCUUCCAAAAGCACUUGCUUUGUCUGCUCAGUGGCUCGGUGAGUUGUCGUAGAAGGGAAUAUCGAUUCAUCACUGUGGGUGAGACGGCAGCGCCACACUGUGGCUGACUGAUCUCAAUCAGGGAUGAGACAUCAGAACCGAUCUUCGUCUUUUAAUCUUGUCUGUGUUUUUUUAGUUCUCCUAAUUUUUUCCUCCAUCCAUUAGGUGCCAAGAACCUGUACAUCAUCUCUGUCAAGGGCAUCAAGGGUCGCCUGAACCGUCUGCCUGCUGCAGGAGUGGGUGACAUGGUCAUGGCCACAGUGAAGAAAGGCAAACCAGAGCUCAGGAAGAAGGGUGAGUCCGGGCUUAACUCAUGUAAACCACAGUCGACAGUGGAAGUCCAGAGAUCUUUAAAAUAACCAGAACUAAACAUCCUGCUGAAAUGAUUUCUCAGGAUGUUACAGGUAAAAUUUUUAUGACUAAACUCAGACUAAGGACGCAGCAGCUGUCCACAGGGAUUAAUGUUUCUUUAGAUGCUGUGUGCAGAAAACAAGUUAUCAUCCCCACCACAUCCGUCCUCUUACAAAUCUGAAAUCAAUGUUGGAUUUUAUCGAGGUCAAAAUAAAAGACUGACUUUAUUCAGAGAUUUAUGAGCAUCUCUUAAUCAAGGAGCUAAGAUGAGGAAAGCUUUAACUCUACAGGAUGUUGGACUUUAUUGUCCUAAAGAUGCAAAGAUGAGGAAAAUACAAAUUUAAUGUAAAACCUGCACAAAAGGUAACAGACGAUCAGCAGAAUUACAGGAAAAUAAAAUCAUGUGUGCACAGCGUUUCUCUGCAGUGAUUCUGAUUAUUCUGACCUCAUGAUUAAAGUCGUCUGAAUAAAAACAGAGAAGUAGCCAUAGCAGGGAGGCCCACCUGUUAAAGAGAUUAGUUUUCUCUUAAAGGAACGUCUGUGUGGAUGAGAAGUGUUAAAAUAAGAGGAAGGCUCUGGAAAAACCGAAGAGUAAAAUCUCUGAAUCUGUUUCUGAAGAUGUAAAUUAUAUUUAUUACAAUUCCAGGUUUGAUAAAAAAAAAAUCAAACCACCUGUGAUAUUAAGUCUUUGUUUUUGACUUCAUUCGUGGACUUUUAAGGAGUGUUAUCUUUUCUUAACUCUGGAGCAGAAACACUGAAAUAUCUGGUCUCUUGUUUCGUCCAAAGAGCAGGAAAUAACUCGCCAUUAUUACCUGGUAAAAGCACUGACUUUGGUGUGUGUGUCCUCGUCUCUGUCCUCAGUGCAUCCUGCGGUGGUGAUACGGCAGCGGAAGUCGUAUCGGCGAAAAGACGGCGUGUUUCUCUACUUUGAAGACAACGCAGGGGUCAUAGUAAACAACAAAGGAGAAAUGAAAGGUGGGUUUGUUCAGGUGCUACGGCUGCUCUGACUCUAACGUCAGUCUGUCCACUGCCCAGAUAUUUGAGAGCGUUUUAUUUUGAAGGAAGGGUUAAACUCUCUGGACCGUUAUCUGGUUGACAUCUUGAGUCCAGCAGGAUUGAUUCUUAACUAGUUGUAAGAGUUUCAAACUAAAAACCUGAUUGGUGUUGAUCCUGCUGGUUCACUCAUCUAUAGUUGACCUGAUCCAGGUCACGGUUUCCCCCCUUCCAAAAGCACUUGCUUUGUCUGCUCAGUGGCUCGGUGAGUUGUCGUAGAAGGGAAUAUCGAUUCAUCACUGUGGGUGAGACGGCAGCGCCACACUGUGGCUGACUGAUCUCAAUCAGGGAUGAGACAGACUUAACCUGCUCGUUAGGACGAUGAUCUGCUCGGACAGGAACCACUUCAGCACUUUUUUGUACUUUUCUGUUCUGCAGCUCGAAGUUUUACCUUUUUUAAUUCACAUGUUUAGACGAGGAACUUCAGUUUUUUUGAACUCUAAUUUAAUCUCCUUGUUUUGUUUCUUCAGGCUCAGCCAUCACAGGCCCCGUGGCCAAAGAGUGCGCUGAUCUCUGGCCGAGGAUCGCCUCCAACGCUGGCAGCAUAGCCUGAGCUGGACCCUGCACCUCUGUUCAAUGUUUUCAAUAAAAAAUGUUGGUAAUCAAGCUGGAGAAGUCUCUCGAGUUUUAAUAUUAAUGAUGCAAAGAAUCAUUGUUGAAAUAUUUGCUUGGCUUAUUACAGCACUUAACCCCAAAUUUCCACGGCAUCCGGAACCGCUUCACUACCAAACGCGACAAUUUUCACCGUCCGCCGAUUCCUACCAGGUGUGUUUGUGAUGCGAAUUUGUGGCGGAUUUCAGAAAGUGGGAAUCCCGAGAACUCACAAGAACCCGCGGAUUCAUGUGCAAUCGCUUGAUAAUGAGUUGUCUCUAUAAAGACAGACGCAUAGACAUAUAAGCAGUAGAUUGUGUCCUUCCGGAGGAGGAAAUCUACUUCUAGAAUUACCUCAGCGAUUGCAUCAACGGGGUGAAAUGAAGUCUGAAAACGUUUCACUUGUUUGUCCCCGCCCAUAUUUGCAUGUUAUAAAAUAUGAUCUGCCUGAAACGAGGAGUGUUCUGUUUUGAAAAGAAGCCGGAUGUUUUAUUUUGUGUCGGAGCUUAACUUCCUUUCCAGCACGGGUUAAUCUGUGCUGAAUUUAUGUGACAUGCUGCGGCGUCCAAAAAAAAAUGGAAGCCCGCUGAACCGCAGGAGAGUGGAAAGAAGCCGGUGGAAUUUGAUUUAGUGAAGGGCAUGGCAGUUCAUUUAGAUUUACUGAGUCACUACAAUCGGUUCACUAAAAAGAUUCUUUCACCGAAUCACUUAACGCUUGGCGGGAGAGGCCCGCGACCCCGACCUCCUGAACUGAUUCACAGCUGAACAUUUCAGGAUUCAGUUCAAUUCAGUUUCUUGGACUGGAAGAUGAGUGUUUGUCUGUGUUGCUUUGACAAAGGUCAUGAUGUUUUAAGCGUACUGUCCUAUUGUAUGCCAUUUAUCAGGUCUGCUCAGUGAGUGAUUCGUUCACUGAAUGUUUAGAAGAAUUCACACUGCAGUGAUAGGAUGCUGCGGGUUUAAUGCUCUGUUUGUUACAUGCUGUGUUCUACUGUAUGCAAGUUGUUGUGGUGAAAAAAAAAAGGUAGUUUUGUCUGACUAAAAUGAUUCCAGAGA